AUGUCGGCGUCGGCGUCGGCGUCUCAACGAAAAACUCUGAGCAUUUCUGAACAGUUGGAGCUCAUCGACGAUGUCAAAGUGAAGAAACUCAAACUGGCCGCUGCAGCCAAAAAGUACGGAAUCGGUUAUUCAACAGCAGCAAAAAUUCUCAAGAAAGAGGACGAUAUCACAUCUUGCAUGCAAAUGAACGGAAACACUAAUCGCAAACGAAAGCGCCAAUCCGUGCACAAGGACGUCAACGAAGCGCUUACACAGUGGUUUACGCAAGCAUGUGCUCAUGGAGCUACCGUCACCGAUCACGUCAUCAGGCAGAAAGAAUCACAACUGGCCGUAAAUCUUGAAGUUGAUUUUGAACCGAGCAAUGGCUGGCUCAUGCGCUGGAAGCAGGCCAAUAACGUUUCGUUCAAAAACUUUCACGGCGAAUCAACGUCAGCAGAUCUUUGCGAUUUGCCGGCGACGAACAGUCAAAUGGGACAAAAGUUCCCAAAGACAGACUCACGAUGCUUCAGUUCACAAACAUGGACGGCAGUGAAAAGCAAGCUGUAG